AGAAAUGUGAGCAUACAGAGAGAGAGUACAUAAGCCCUGUUAUCUGAAACAACUCUCAGUCGUGAGUGGACACUCCUGGCUCUGUGGAUCUGCACCAUCGAGGACAGUCAUGCUGCGUUUGGCGGCCCUUGGCCUUCUCGUCGCGUCUGCCGUGACUUUAUGCAGCUCUGCUGUUGUUCUGGAAAAUGGCAUGCCGAUCCUUUGGUCACAAACAGCUAGCCAAGUGACUGAACUACCUGUGCAGAAUGGGAUCCUGACCCCCAAUCCCUGGCAUUAUCUACACCGCCAGAGUUUUUACCGUCUGAUGAUAGGGGCCACAGACCCCUACAUGAGCUACAUGGGGACAAACCAGAAUGAAAACCCCAUCUGGGGGCUACCAAUGGAGCUUGGAUGGAUGUACAGCUCAGGUCGCCUUGCUGACCCAAGCGGCUCAACAACCUGCGGUCUGCAAACAGGAGACACCACUUGUAUUUCAGCUGAGAGUUUUUGGGGCUGUGUGACCUACUUCACCUCAGCACUUCCCUUCCUGUCCGCUGCACAGAAGGGCUUCCUGGGAGAAAACGUUCAGGUCCAGCUGCAGGCGCCGGCGGGUGUAGAGGGCUUUUGCACCACCCAUGCUGAAUGUUCAACCAGCUACCCUGAUGUCAUGUCCAAGUGGGAUGCUUUUUUCCAGGCUCUCAAGGCGACCACUGAGUCUACUCUGCCUGACAACGAGAAGAAAGACUCCAUCCUCGGUGUCUACUGGACAGCUCAAACGGCUUCAACUCAUGCAUCUGCAGUAUGCAAUGCCAAGAAGACCCACUAUUCCACCGAGGAGCAGUCGUUUGCCGACAGCUGGUCGAACUCUGCAGAGUAUGUUGCAGCAGCUCAUUUCCAUUCCAACCUGCAAAAGUCUUUGCUGUUCCUGAAUCCUCUGCCAAGCCGAGUUUUACGAGCAGGUGAUGUAGCCCCAAACAUUGCUGAUCUGAGUCAGGAGGAGAACUACACACUGUCCGUUUUCGCCUGGAUGAGAAACAUCAAUACCAUUCUUGGUGGGUCACUGGUUCGUAUGUGGAAAGGGGCGAUGUGCUCAUUGAGCACCAGAGAGAAAGGCAAUCAGCUGUUGGAGCAGCUUAUUACAAAUCCCAGCUUCCCCACAACCACUUUCCUGUCCGUCAUCACAGAAAUGACUACAACCUGCUGAGACAAACACGUAAAACCAGAAAGACGGCCGCUUCCAUAUAAUCGUGACACCGUUAGCAGUAUUUUCUUAAUUGAGAUGAGGAAGAACAAAAAAAUGUCAUUGCAGAAUGUUGAUAGACAACUCUGGAUCACACCUUCAUGUAACCUUGUUCAUUUGUAUGAACACAUAAAACAUUAAAAAAAAAAUCCCCACUC